AAAGAAGACAUGUCCCACGCAAAAAACUUAAGCUCUUAUUAAGUUCUUUAAUCGUUCAAAGAUUAUUAUUUCACCAAUACGUUCCAGCUCUUUUCUUAAGAUAGUCCAGAAUAUCAUCAUUAUUUUACUUGAUUUUUUACUCUUUUUGAUAACAGACCCUUUCUUUUUUCGUUUUUGUUCUCCUGUAGGAGUUUUUGUUAAUGAGAAUUUCUGAUACGAACUCUCAAAUUGAUUCCAUAUUAUGCUGAGAAAAGAAAUGUUCAUCAUGUCUUCUACGUGAAGCAUUUCCUCUGUUCAAGAGAUUAGAUUAGUCAUCUACUCUCAUCCCAAAAUCUGCAAGUUCAUCAAUCAUUCUUCUGCAACUUUCCUGAGAAACAUGGUUGAACGAAGCCGGAGCUUUAGAAUACCUGGAGCUGAGACAAAUGAUCUAAGAAUCGCUCUUUAUGAGCGCAAAGAAGUAAUUGAGAGGCUUCAAGAAGAGUUAAAUGCAGAGAGAGAAGCAUCUGAAACGUCAGCGAACGAGGCCAUGUCUAUGAUUCUUAGGCUGCAAGGAGAGAAAGCUGAGCUAGCAAUGGAAGCUGAUCAGUACAAGAGAAUGGUCGAAGAGCAAAUGUCUCAUGCUGAAAUGUCCUUUGCGCUUUUGGAGGAUGUGAUUUACCAGAAAGAGAUUGAAGUCACUGCUCUUGCUUAUCAAGUGGAAGUUUAUAGAAGCCAGCUUUUGAGCUUGGGGUUUAAUGAUUUGAAAAGCUUAGAUGUUAAGCUUCAAGAGGAUGAUGAUCAAGAUGAGAAUAUGUUGAAGAUGAAUGAUUUUUCAUUGAGUGAUAGAUCUCAAACACCUUCUCCAGAAUUGGUUACAGAUCUUUCGAUUCCCGAGGAAAAGGAAGUUAUCGAGCAGAGCUUGGAGUCACAGAAGAGUUCCCUAGAUGUGUAUUGGGAGCAGAUCAAGAAACUAAAUGAGCAAGUGAAAGAGCUAACAGGCUUUAGAGAUUCGAUGCGAGAUCAGCACAGGACUUCAGUGUCUGAAUCUAGGGGUGAAGAAGAUUUUGCAAGCUCAUCAAACUUUCAAGAAGUUACACAAGAAAGAAAAAAGGAAGCAAAGGGUUUGAGUAAGACGACUGAUGACACAAUGAUGAUAAAGGUGUCAAAGCAGACAAAGAUGGAGAAGAAACCAUCUAAACAGACAAGAGAUAGAAGCGGUAAGAGAAACCGUGCAGAGUAUCAAGCUGAAUUGCAGCGGUUGAGACAGAGAGUUGAGAGGCUUGAGCGAGGAAAGAGUAACACAGAGCCUGAAACUAGUGGAGUGAUUAAGCAAGAAGAGAUUAGUCUACUGAAGGAAGUGAAGGAAGAGCUAAGUUCUGUGCAAUCAUCUGACGUAAAGAAGAGCUUGAAUACAAUGGAGAAUUUACAACCUUGGGUCGACCCAACCAUUAUUUCUGUUCAAGAGGCAAUGCUUUACUUCUGGCUAUGAGACAAAGAAAAAAGAAUGGUACAAGCAAAUUUUUGGUGUUUGUUUUGAGUGUAUAUUAUCAUUGUGUUCUGUUUCUGUUUGGCUAAAGUAGAAACUUGUAAAUCUUUGUAUAAAACUCACAAUUGUACGUAGAUUGUCUUAUGAGUGGCAAUUAGCAAAAAUAUCGUCUUGUGGAUUCCUUGUUUGUGUGUGUAUUAUAUCUAUUGAAGAGAAAUACAAAAGACUCACUGUUGAUCAGAUUGUUUUUCUUGGUUAACAAUUUAUAAAGAC